AUGUCGAUAAUCAUCACCGGAGCAAGCGGCUACGUGGGCCAGGAACUGGCAGCUGCCCUCCUGGCUAGUCUCCCAGAUGCAAGAGUAACGCUCACAGACGUCGUUCGUCCCGAGGUCCCCAAAUCCGCCGCCCAGCAUGCAUCACGGACAACCUGCAUCGAAGCCGACCUCACUUCCCCCAAGGUUGUGGCAGAACUCUUCACCGAUUCCCACCGUUUCGAUACCGUUUACCUCCUACACGGAAUCAUGUCCAGCGGCUCCGAAGCCAACUUCGAGCUGGGCAUGCGCGUCAACCUCGACGCAACCCGUUCCAUCCUCGACCGGCUCCGCAGCGUCAAUGCCGGCGUGAAAGUUGUCUUCACCUCCAGUCUAGCAGUGUACGGCGUCGCACCCCCAGGAUUAGUCAUCAACGAGACCAAUUUCCCCGCCGUGCCAUCCUCAUCGUACGGAUCACAGAAGCUGAUCAUCGAGACGUUGCUGAAUGAUUACUCGCGCCGGGGAUUCCUGGACGGACGCGCGGUUCGUGUCCCCACGGUGACGGUUCGGGCGGGAAAGCCCACGCAGGCGGCCAGUAGCUUCGCGAGUGAUAUUAUCCGGGAGCCGUUCUUGGGGAAGAAGGCCGUUUUGCCGAUUAGUCAGGAUACGGAGAUGUGGAUUUGCUCGCCGAGAACGGUGGUGAGGAAUCUGCUGCGCGCGAGGGAGAUACCGAAGGAGGCGUUUGGAGACUCGCGGGCGGUCAUCUUGCCUGGGUUGAAGGUGAGUAUUCGGGAGAUGUUGCAGGCGUUGGAGGAGAUUGGGGGGCCGGAGACACGGGCGUUGGUCGAGGAGAGGUAUGAUGCGGAUGUGGAUCGCAUUGUGCAGACGUGGACGCCGGAUUUCGAUCCGGCGCGGGCAUUGAGGCUGGGGUUUGAGGAGGAUAUGUCAAUGCGGGAGAAUAUUCGGCAGUAUGUGAGUGGACUUGACCUGAACAAUGCUCUGCGGAGCAAGGCCGCCCUGAAGGCCAUCCAGCCCGUCAAGCGUGGCUUCGCUUCCCCCGUCACCCUGCCUUCCACUACCCAGUCCACGACUCUCUCCAACGGCUUCACGAUCGCCACUGAGCACUCCCCAUGGGCUCAGACCUCGACCGUCGGCGUGUGGAUCGAUGCUGGUAGCCGGGCAGAGACUGACAAGACCAACGGAACCGCGCACUUCCUGGAGCACCUUGCUUUCAAGGGCACCAACAAGCGUUCCCAGCACCAAUUGGAGCUCGAGAUUGAGAACAUGGGCGCUCACCUGAACGCCUACACAUCGCGCGAGAACACCGUCUACUACGCCAAGUCCUUCAACAACGACGUUCCCAAGGCCGUCGACAUUCUCGCCGAUAUCCUUCAGAACUCCAAGCUGGAGGCCUCUGCCAUCGAGCGUGAGCGCGACGUCAUCCUCCGUGAGCAGGAGGAGGUCGACAAGCAGCUCGAGGAGGUUGUGUUCGAUCACCUCCACGCCACUGCCUACCAGGGCCAGCCCCUCGGCCGCACCAUCCUCGGUCCCAAGGAGAACAUCCAGACCAUCUCCCGCGACAACCUGACCGAAUACAUCAAGACCAACUACACCGCCGACCGCAUGGUCCUUGUCGGUGCCGGUGGCAUCCCCCACGAGCAGCUCGUGAGACUCGCUGAGGAGCACUUCGGUGGUCUCCCCAGCAAGCCCCCUACCUCCGCCGCCCUGGCUCUCACCGCCGAGCAGAAGCGUAUCCCCGAGUUCAUCGGCUCCGAGGUCCGUAUCCGUGACGACACCCUGCCCACUGCCCACAUUGCCCUUGCCGUCGAGGGUGUCAGCUGGAAGGAUGACGACUACUUCACUGCCCUCGUCACCCAGGCCAUUGUCGGCAACUGGGACCGUGCCAUGGGCAACUCCUCCUACAUGGGCAGCAAGCUCAGCUCCUUCGUUGAGCACCACGGCCUUGCCAACAGCUUCAUGAGCUUCUCCACCAGCUACAGCGACACUGGUCUCUGGGGUAUCUACCUCACCUCCGAGAACACCACUCGCCUUGAUGACCUGAUCCACUUCACCCUCCGUGAGUGGUCUCGUCUGUGCUUCAGCGUGACCCCCGCCGAGGUUGAGCGCGCCAAGGCCCAGCUCAAGGCCUCCAUCCUCCUCUCCCUGGACGGCACCACCGCUGUUGCCGAGGACAUUGGUCGCCAGAUCAUCACCACCGGCCGCCGCUUCAGCCCCGAAGACAUCGAGCGCACGAUCAGCCAGAUCACCGAGAAGAACGUCAUGGACUUUGCCUCCCGCAAGCUGUGGGAUCAGGACAUUGCCAUGAGCGCUGUCGGUUCCAUCGAGGGCGUCCUCGACUACAACCGUAUCCGCGCUGAUAUGAGCCGGAACUCUCUGUAA